CGGGGAAGGGACUAUUACUGGUCUAGGGGCGGCAGGGGGCUUAUUGGUGGAAAAACCUGCGGGCUAUGGAAGGGGCACUAACAGGAGCGGUGUAAGAAGCUAGAGGCUUGUGUUACACGAGUGGACAGAAGGCGAGGGGACCCAACAGGGUCUGAGUGGGGCGGGGGCACGAGUCGACGUCGACCGAACGGAGCGGUAUGCAAAAGAGAUGCAAAGCAGCAUGCAGAUGAGUGCGGUGUUGUCUGGUUCUCGGCUCAGACUCUAAACCCAGCGGAGCUACGCCCCCAGUAUCCUCGCUUCGCUUGCUGACGGGGCCUGGGAGCUGCGUCCAGAAGGGCGGAUCUGGGCCGUGGGAGCUGCAGUUAUAAGACAGCUGGGUUAGGCGCUGGGAAGACACAAGGGUUGCCAGGAAAGGAGGCGCAGCGCCGGGGAGCCAGGGCAGAGGCUGGCCGGGGACACUUUCCCCUUCGCCUCGGCAGGAUUCAAACGGCCUCUGACCUCGGCUGCGGCCUACAGGAAAGGGAUUAGGGUGGUGGCUCCUUUGCGCUUCCCGGUUUUGUCUGCAAGGGAAACAGACUGUGGCUCGGUGGCUCUCCUCCGUCUCCCAGUCUCGACAGAGUCCAGGAAUACAGCCAGACGAACCCUGAGAAUUUGCCCCCAUCCGCCAGCUUUGCUGCAGCUCCCACUAGCCACACUUCCAGCGGCGAAACCAGCCAGAUUCCCAAUUUAGCGCGCCGAGGGCAGCCGCAGAGGACCCUUUAAGGGGCGGGCCCAGUACUUCCCCAGGACCGCCUCCUCUGAUUUGACUCAGGGUUUGCGGGAUUGGCUCGCGCCUCGGCCAACCGCUUUUUCUUUUCCUUCCCGUCUCUUCCCUGGUGACCCCGGAAGUGGAAGUAGGCGCUGGUCGGCAGCCGCGGCGGGGACGGAAGGCGGAAGCAGAGCGUGAACGGGAGGCGGAGCCGGGGGAGCUGCUCUCGUAGCUCCCCCUGGCCCCAGGCCUAGCUCCCCGAGGGGGGAGGAGUCACCGCCGCUUUUGGGCAUCAGAACUUACCAUGAUGGCUGUGACCUAAAACCUUCAGAAAGCCCCGGGGUCAUGGCCCAGAAGCACCCCGGAGGAAGAGGGUUGUGUGGAGCCCACCACGGUGGUGGUGCAUCCUUCAGGACUUUAGGAUCCUCCGUGGAUCCUGAUAUACUUUCAUUCUCAGGACUCAGGGACUCAGCGGGGACAGCUCUUAAUGGUACCCGUUGCCUCACGGAGCACUCCGAUCCUAGGUACACACAGCCCCCAAACCCAGCUCACUGGUCGGAUCCAAGCCAUGGCCCUCCAAGGGGUCCAGGACCCCCCAGGGAUGGAGAAGAUCCUGAUCAGAGUGAGGCAUCUUCAGAAGAGUCAGGAGUGGACCAGGAACUCCCAAAAGAGAAUGAGAUUGGGUACCAGGAGGAUGGGAACCCUUCUUUUCUUUCCAUUCCACUUGCUUGCAACUGCCAGGGAACCACUGGAAUCCCUGAAGGGCCUUAUUCUGAGGGAGGAGAUAGCCCUUCUAGCAACUUUUGCCACCACUGUACUUCUCCAGCCUUGGGAGAUGAAGAGUUGGAAGAGGAAUAUGACGAUGAGGAACCUCUUAAGUUCCCCAGUGAUUUUUCACGUGUGCCCAGUGGAAAGAAACCACCACCCCGGAGACAGCGGCACCGCUUUCCAACCAAGGAAGAUACCCGAGAGGGUGGACGCAGGGAUCCCCGGUCCCCUGGUCGACAUCGGCUGGGCCGGAAACGAAGUCAGGCAGAUAGACGCAGAGGACUGGGAUUGUGGGGAGCAGAAGAACUAUGUCAGCUUGGACAGGCAGGCUUCUGGUGGCUGAUUGAACUGCUGGUAUUGGUGGGAGAGUAUGUGGAAACUUGUGGGCAUCUCAUCUAUGCAUGCAGGCAGUUGAAAGGCAGUGAUCUGGACCUUUUUCGAGUCUGGGUGGGAGUUUGGGCUGGACGACUGGGUACCUGGGCCCAGGUGAUGUUCCAGUUGCUAAGCCAGGGGUUUUGCUGUGGGGCAGGGCUGUUCACCCGUUUUCUUAGGCUAUUGGGUGCUUUGCUGCUCCUGGCCCUGGCCCUCUUGUUGGGCUGUCUACAAUUGGGUUGGCGGUUUCUGGUGGGACUGGGCAACUGGUUAGGCUGGAGGGGUAAGGCCACCUGGCUCUUAUCUUGGCUAGAUUCUCCUGCCUUGCAGCGUUGCCUGACUCUGCUGAGAGAUAGCAGGCUAUGGCAGCAGCUGGUAAGAAUUGUUCAUUGGGGUUGGCUGGAGUUGCCUUGGGUCAAGCAGAGGACCCACAGGCAGGGGAAUGCACCUGGAGCUAGUGGGCGCUAUUGCCAGCCUGAACAGGAAGUGGCUCGACUCUUGACUAUGGCUGGAGUUCCUGAGGAUGAACUAAACCCUUUCCAUGUGCUGGGAGUUGAAGCCACAGCAUCAGAUGUUGAACUGAAGAAGGCCUAUAGGCAGCUGGCAGUGAUGGUCCAUCCUGACAAAAAUCAUCAUCCCCGGGCUGAGGAGGCCUUCAAAGUUUUGCGGGCAGCCUGGGACAUUGUCAGCAACCCUGAAAGGCGAAAAGAAUAUGAAAUGAAACGAAUGGCAGAGAAUGAGCUGAGCCGGUCAGUGAACGAGUUUCUAUCCAAACUGCAAGAUGACCUCAAAGAGGCAAUGAAUACUAUGAUGUGCAGCCGAUGUCAGGGAAAGCAUAGGAGGUUUGAAAUGGACCGAGAACCUAAGAGUGCCAGAUACUGCGCUGAGUGUAAUAGGCUGCAUCCUGCAGAGGAAGGAGACUUUUGGGCAGAGUCAAGCAUGUUGGGCCUGAAGAUCACCUACUUUGCACUGAUGGAUGGAAAGGUGUAUGAUAUUACAGAGUGGGCUGGAUGCCAGCGUGUGGGAAUCUCCCCAGAUACCCAUAGAGUCCCCUAUCACAUCUCAUUUGGCUCUCGGAUCCCAGGCACCAGUGGGCGUCAGAGAGCCACCCCAGAUGCCCCUCCUCCUGCUGACCUUCAGGAUUUCUUGAGCCGGAUCUUUCAAGUACCACCAGGCCAAAUGUCCAAUGGGAACUUCUUUGCAGCUCCUCAGCCUGGCCCUGGGGCCACUGCUGCCUCCAAGCCUAACAGCACAGUACCCAAGGGAGAAGCUAAACCGAAGCGGCGGAAGAAAGUGAGGAGGCCCUUCCAACGCUGAGACCCGUUCUCUUCUAUCCUUAAAUCAAUGUCAGGGAGUCAAAGGGCUGUGUACAGCACAGGAUGGAGUUUGAUUUGUUUAUUUUUAAAUAUUUAACAAAGGGAAAAUUUUAAGCUCAAAUUGUUCACUCAGUACUUCUAGAAGCCCCUGAACCACUUUUUCUCCUUCCCCCGCACCCAGGAACUGAAUCUUAUCUUCUGACAAUACCAAAGAAAUAGGAGGUGGCUAGAACAAAGUAUCUAGGGCCUGGAACCUGGGCUGGACAAUAUAUCCCAUAGUAGUGUGGGAACUGGGUAUUUCCUUGGGGUCUGUAUGCCUUUGUCCUGUCUUUUGCUUUUAGAGCAGAUGACUCCCCACCCCCCCUCUUUUAAAACUGAGUCUCUUAUUUCUUGAACCAUUUCAAGAGCAAAUCCCUCUGCCCCCUUAUCCCUGGUCUAGACUAGUUAAAAGACCAGAAAAAGAAAGCAAUUGGCCCAACUUAUAGGAGAUGUAUAGCGUUCAGAGAGAACUCUGAAUUCUUCCAUCCACGGACUUUGAUCUUGUGGGUCAUCACGCAACUACAGGCUUGUUGCUGCAGGGAUGGCCAAAAUUAAUAAUUUUUAAAAAGCAGACUUAUGCCCUUUGCCCUUGGGUGAGGGGAAAGAAUAAGGGGGUCCCCAGCAGCUCUCAUACGAUCCAAGGGUUUGUAUUUUUUUAAGUUUGUUCAUAUUUUUAUGUACAUAUCUAUUUAAAGCCAGGGGAUUAUCUUUCUAUAAACAUAUAACUGGCAAUCUGUA